AUGACAUCUGCUUUGGAUAUUAGACAUUGGCAUGAGGCGAUCAUUCAAUUCGAGCAAGGCAAUGUUGAUGCAGCGUUGGACUUUUACCAUAAAAUUACUACCCCAUUAGCCAAGAUUUGGUAUGAUAUUGCAAUGGCGUUUUGGUCUACUGGCAAUUAUUCUGAAGCGAUCAAAGUUCUCACAUAUAGCGUGGAAAGAGAUCAAUAUUUUGCUGUGGCCUAUUUGCAACUUGGAAUCUUGCACGCUUUACAAGACAAUUUAGAAGAAUCCCUCCGUAACUUUAACCAAGUUGUUCAAUGCUUGCGAAGCAAUUCAUUUAUCGAUUAUAAACAAAUAGGAAUGCCUUACAAGUUAUGGUGCUACCAGGUACUGUAUAAUAUUGCUGUAGUAGAAAGCAUGCUUAAUAUGAAGGAUGAUGCAAAAGAAAUGUUAGAAUGUGCAAAAGAAUAUACGGUUAAUGCUAAGCAACUAAAGUUUGUCCAGGACGCUUUAGAGAAACUGCAGAAUGGUUCAUUGCCCAGUAAAUCUUUAUGUUAUCCAACUGAAAUGCAAGUCUUUAAGCCUCCUGUCUAUAAAACUUCUCAACUAGAUAAAAGGCUGGAUUUUCUAGGAAAGGCAAAAGUAGUUACAUCUGUUAAAAUUUAUGAUCUACCAGAAUCUCCAUCUAGCCCAAAUUCACAGAAUCCUUUAGAUUGUAAGAAUUUGUCAGCUUCAUUUUCGCCUUCUGCAAAGUUGCCCGGCAGACCUCCUCCACCUAUUUACAAGCCUCCGGCAAGUAAGAAAGGCUCUAAAAGUGCCAAGAAUUCACCCACUGCAUCACCUGUCCCUUCACCUGCUACGAAAUCACCAGUUCCCGCUAGGCCUCCACCCCCUAAUCGACCUCCUCGUAUCAUGCGUACUGAUGAUGUUAAUGGUCCGGAUAAAAAAACACCAAAACGUCCCCCGCCACCUUCUUGUCCACCUAAAUCGAAUAAAAAUACGACAUCUUCAAGCAAAAUAGAAUCUUCCGUUCGAAGCUUAGCAAACUCUGCUAGUAGAGCUACCGCUUCCAUCGUUGCUUCUUCGUCGUCGUCGUCACAAGUUAACCCAAGUCGACCUCCUCCUCCCAAAGUACCUCCACCUAAGAGAACAACACCGCGUAUCCCACCUAUUAUAACUAAGAAUAUUCCCGAUCAAAAUGUUAAUUUCUCAGCAGAUGCCAAAGCUCUUUCUGCUAGUGAAAAGAGUUAUGUGAUCGUCAAGAUACAUUGCACAUAUACGCGUGCAUUUAGAAUAAAGACAAGCAUUAGAGUAGAUGAGUUAAAAGAGCUAAUCAGAGGGUCUUUUGAGCCACCGGUGGGACAAAUUAUUUCGUUAUGGACCAAGCAAGAUGAAAUCCCUGUAUGCAUAGAUAGCAGCGAUACUUAUAAUCAAAUUCUAAACUCCGGGAAGGUCUAUUACGAAAUGAGUAUAUUUUUGGUAGAAUUUUAUGAUAUUUAG